GGUCGUCUCUUCGUAGCCGGAUACACAGCUGAGCGCGUCACGUGAUCUCGAAGGUCGGUAAAGCGUCGUUGGAUCGAGACUGUCGAGACCUCGAGGCUGUCGAGCUGCGUUUUGCAGUCGUGCACCGUGAACCGUUCGGAGCCAUGUCGGGGCUGCGGGUGUGCGGCUGCCUCAACUGGAGCGUCCACUGCCAAGAGGUGCAGCCGUGUGACCUCCGACAAAAGGCACCAGCAGCUGACCCCUUCUUCAAGGGUGGGCUCGUCUGUGCCAAACUUGCCCCACAGGGCAUCACCAAGAGGCACUUGUUCCUGGAAAGUGUGCGCACUGUCGGUGACUGGGAGGUGCACAGCUGUCAGGGUUGCCAUUGGGAUGUGUACGCGCAAGCCUCCGAUCGGAGUCUGCUGCUCAGUGCCAACCUUGAGAGUGAUGUCAAGCGUAUUGAGGCCAUGCGGGCAUCGACUGACUACUCCCCUUGCUUCCACAUUUUGCUGCCGCCAGUAGCUGACAAGGAAGGAGAUGCUGCUCGUGUUGCACCAGGUGUGACAGAGGAGGAGACCAUUGUGGCACGUCUGCAUGUGCAGCAGUUGGCUGCACAGUUCCUGCAGAAGGAGCUGGACGCAAUGGAAGCACGCCUCAGGCUUUACCAGGAGCAGCAGGCACAGGCCCUGGAGCGGCUGCGGCUUCGAACGGCACGUGAUCAAGAUGCCCUCUGGCACAUUAUCAUCAGCAACAAUGGUGGCAGACAACAGGUGUCUGCUAGCCGGGUGACCAGUGCGAAGCAGCGACCAGUGGCUCCACACGUGCCUGAUGUAAAGCGCAGAUUGGCUGCCCAGCGUGAAGGAGAGGUGUUCCAGCUGGACGGCUUUGAUGAAGACGAGCCAGCUUUUCCCUCUUCCGAAGAGGAGCACUCGGACGAUGGCGCCAACAGCAGCAGCAGCAGCGCCCUCGAUGAGCCUGUGCGUCACUGUGCUUACUCGCUUCCGGUGGACAUGCCUAGAUGGCGGCCUCGUGAUGAUGACCACCAGUUCGCAGUGGAACACGACCGGAUUGGGGCCAACAUCGAAGCCCUGGCUCGAAGUGUGUGUGAUGGGACGGAAAUGUUUGGGGACCUGCCUCGACCCCGGCUGAACUCGAUGCAGAGGCCCCUCUUCUGACGGCUGUCGAUUGAUUUUUUGCGAAUAAGAAUCUUCCUCCAUUCA